CUGUCUGGCCCAGCAAGGCUCGCAAGUUCAGCGCAAGGCGAUAGCGUGGCCAUCUGCUACGCCCCACUUGACAAGUUCUACGCCGGCGACCAUGUGCAAAGCUGUUUCGGGUACGGUUAUUGUGCUGAUCAACAUCCCCUUCGUAGUCAUCAGUCUAAUUCUGAUAACUGUGGGCGCUCUGAUAAAAUGGAACCAGGAUUUGCUCGCCAGUCGUAUUGUUCCUGCAUUGUUGGGUCCAGAUGCGAAAGAUAACGUACGCGAUGCAAUGCAUCAGUUGGUCUUGGAAAUAUUCAAACUAUUGGGUCCCUUUGGUUUGGCGAUCUUCAUAUUCGGAAUCUUUCUAUUUGUGUUGACGUUCUGUGGGAUUUUCGGCGUUUGUUGCAAGAGCAAGGUGCUUCUUGGCACAUAUGCUACUCUACUGCUCGUCCUUUUCCUGGCCUUGCUGAUUAUGACUAUCGUGUUUGGCACGCGAGCAUCCUGGUUCAGGGCCCAAGUCCAAGAAUUAUUCAAAACGUUCAUCGUGGGGUCCUAUAAGAUGGACAACGAUAAUCAGAGUUUAGAUCCACUAACCCAAUUGAUCGACAUGAUUCAACAGAACCAACAUUGUUGUGGGUCCUACAGCUAUCAGGACUAUAAAGAGAACGAGUCAUUCAAAGCCCAAUCCUAUAGCAUUCCAGCUUCGUGCUGCGCAGAUCCGACGGACAGAAGUUGCUGGUCCAAGCCCACACCCAAGAACAGCUAUAUGAAUACUGGUUGUUUUGACACGUUAUGGAACGUGAUAGAUGAAAACCUGAAGAUUGUCCUAUACAUCCUGAUUGGCAUGCUCGUACUUUCGUUCUUCUUUGCCGUUCUUGCGAUUUACUUGUUGACGCGGUACGCUCGCGAGGAAUUGUCGACGGUUUAGACGUGCUCGUCGUGAAACCUGCAUCGAUACAAUCCAAUCUGUGUGUUUGUUGGUUCUUGGGUUUAUUUUUAUUAUUCCGUUACAUUGGAGUAUUCCUCCAAAAUGACGUUCUUCCGGUGCCGAGUCUGAACUCUCUUCCUUGUGCAGAGCCUAACAGGAUUCCUGCUUGGGCGUUUGAUAUCCCGCUCUUCAAAUUUUGCCCUGUCAUCUUCAUCCUGUUUAUGAGCUUGAUGGUUUGUGUGAUGCGUUUUGUAUCGAGUUGCUUCACAUAUGGUACGCCCACUGUCCUAUGCGGCUGCAAUUUAUAAUCGCUUCCAUCCGCACGCUACUUUACUCUGGUUCAUUUCACCUAUGUUGUACCCCCCAUCCCCACUGAUGACAUCUUCGCUUUGCGUGUACAGAGUAAGGUGCCAUCAUCAAUAGUAUGUUACAACUCGGCAACCAGUUGGCCAUAGUGGCGAUU